CAAAUUGCCGAGAGUAAAUAAUACACGAACUAAGGUUAAGUUUAUUUUCAUUCAUGAAUAUUGUGGGUUCGUCCAAUAUUGAAAUGCUUUAUAUGUCUUGAAUCUAUACCAUCUGCGACAUUCUAAACCGAAUUAACAACAAUGUUAUCAAAUUCGUUGACACAAAGAAUUCUACCGAGAUUUCCCAAAAUUCAAUACUGUUUUGCUUAUGGAUCCGGUGUGAAAAGGCAAGUGGGUUACGAUGAAAAAGCGCAAAAGAAUGCAAUGAUUGAUUUGAUUGUGGCCGUAGACGAUGCAACAAAAUGGCAUAAAGAAAAUUUGGAAAGAAAUCCGCACGACUAUUCAUGGAUGCGAUUUCUAGGCUCAAAAUUGAUUGGAGAAUAUCAAGAGUAUGCGGCUGGUGUGUAUUGUAAUACAUUGAUACAACUUGACCGUCAUACCACAAUCAAAUAUGGUGUUAUUCGUAUGCAAGACUUGAAAGACGACUUGUGGCAUUGGAAUCAUCUGUAUGUUGCUGGCAGACUACAGAAGCCAGUCGAAACACUUAUCCAGCCAAACGAUCCGGAAUUAAUAGAGAAUUUAGCUAAGAAUUUUGAAAAUGCUUUGCACACAGCACUUUUACAAUUACCACAGGAAUUUAGCUACUUUCAAUUGUUCCAUGCAAUCGCCAAAAUCAGUUAUACCGGUGAUUUUCGUAUGUAUUUCGGCGAGAGAAAGGACAAAAUAUACAACAUUGUUGAUGCUCAAUUAGAAGAUUUUCUCAAAUUGUAUAAACGGCAGCUAAGAGCAUUAUCAGAUUGUGUACAUGUGCCUGAUCUAUCGAAAACAAGCAAUGCUAAAAUUCAACAAUGUAAAUCAAGAGAAACAACUUUAAAACAUUUACAAGCACUUCCAGAGCGUGUUCUCGAUAUUCUGAAAAUGACCAAUGGUUCUGUAGAAGCUUUGCCCGACAUACCAAAGGAAUUACAUACCGCCCUUGUUAAUAUCAAUUGGGAAAACAGUGUCGGCCAAUCAAUGAAAAAUAUUCCCACCGCUGGUAUAUUCAAAUCGAUUAAAUAUGCAGGAAGAAAAGCGAUGAAAACGUUUUCAAAAUGAAAAAAUUCAAACGAAAUUUUAGACCAUUCAUUUAAUAAAGAAAAGAAAAAAAA